GGUCGAGUUUGAAACGAAUUCAAUCCACUAUGUAGAAUGCCCGCACGCAUGUAGGAAAGGAAAAGCGCGUCUGCUGUGAAUGUUUUGUCGUUUCCCCAGCAGUUCUUGUGUCCGAUGAAGCCGUUCUCUCCAGAUUGUGUGAAAUACAGUUAUUGCUAGCGAUAAUUGCCUUCUUAGAUCACCUUGCAAAAACUAUCGGUGUUGGGAUGGCUUCGCCGAGGUAUCUUCUAAGGUUCGCGUACCUCGGCACCAGAUACAGAGGUAUCCAGCGCCAGAGCACCCGCCCCCACACCGAGCACUUCACAGUCCAGGGCGCUAUCGAGGCAGCCUUGUGCCAGUUGGGAUGCCUGGGUGAUCCAGUGCUGGUGCUGGCAAGCCGCACCGACACCGGUGUGCACGCAUCCGACAGUGCGGCGCAUGUGGACCUGCGACCAGCCAACCCAAACCAGUGCUUUCAGCCACAACACCUUGCCGUCGGUCUCAACACUGUGCUGACGCGCCACAAGCACGACAUCAUCAUCCGGGACGUGUUGCAGGUGCCCAGCUGGUUCCAUGCACGGCACCUGGCCCAAUGGCGCAGCUAUCGGUACCGAGUGGCCGUGGUCAAGGCGUCUGCACUGCUAGACAAGGAGCCGCUUCGUCCGGGUGGUAUCCGUGCCCGACUGCCACUCGCCGAACUCAACCGGUGCCAUGUCGUUCCGCCUUUGAAUGUCGACCGGGUGCACGAGGCAAUGGAGCUUCUGAGUGGCGAGCACGACUUUCGUUCCUUUAAGGGUGUCAGUCGCACGCCUGAAGAAGAAGAGCGUAGCACAGUGCGGGAAGUGACCGAAUUCCGACUCCAGCCGGCAGCGCCCAUAGACAGCGACGACCCGCUGUACGAAAACAUCGACCUCUGGGAGUUUCACAUUCGCUCUAGGUCUUUCCUCUACCGCCAGGUGCGUCGCAUGGUGAGCAUGGCACUGCACGCUGGCCUGCCGGAUAAACUGGGUGAUGAUCCCCUUUCGGUGGUGCGCUGCCUCCUGGAGAAGCCGAGCAAGAACAGCUGGCCUGGCAGCGUCACCGUUGUGCCUGCUUGUGGGCUUUACCUGAUGCGUGUACAGUACGACCCCGCACACCUGGACGCCAAUGCAGAGAUGCCGGAGGAGGUGGCCGAGAUGUACGAGGCCAAGAACAAGGUGCCGCUCCAAGAGGACGGCGAUGAGGAGGACGUUGAGCAAGCGAGUGCGUCCUGAGUCAACGUUUUGCUGGUGUGGCCAUGCAGCUUCUAAAUGGCUUGCAGCACUAUGUUGCCACGGAUUAAAAAUGUUGUGAUAUCUGGCCA